AUGCGAAGAAUAUUGAGACAAAUAUUACCAUCGGUACACAUGAAGAAAUCAGAAUGUCUCUUAAGGCAGUUUUUAAGUAGUCCUGAAUAUUGUGCUGCGCGAAGACUAGCUGUUUAUAUUAGCCUCCCUGAAGAACCCAACACAAUACCAGUAAUUGAAAAAGCACUUCUUGAUGGAAAGAGUAUAUUUGUUCCACAAAUUAUGUUUUCUGCGUCAGACGAUUCUCCUCCUAUGUCUAUGCGUCAUGUUAAAUCACUAAAAGAGAUUGAAUCCUGGAAGUCUAAUAAAUGGGGAAUUAAAGAACCUGAACCAGUUUCAUAUGUUGAACAGCUGGAUGAAAUUAAAAGUCAGGGUGGAUUGGAUUUAUUUGUUGUGCCUGGUUUGGCCUUCACACGAAGUGGACAUCGUCUUGGUCGAGGUGGCGGAUAUUACGACCGAUACAUACAAUGGUACAGUGGACAGUGUCAUUUAGGUACUUUUCAAAGAGCUAAAUUAGUCGCCUUUGCAUUUGAGGAACAAAUAAUAGACCAUAUUCCUUCAGAAACUCAUGAUUUAAUUAUUGACCAGCUGUUUGUAGCAUAA